UUCGACUUCCCCUCUGGAGGCGAACUCCAUUGUCUCCCAAGACAGGCAGAUGCCAAACGCAGCUGAGUAAAAUGUCCAAUUUCCAGAGGCACAAUGUUGGGCCGCUGGUCCAUUUUGCCCAGUUCUGUGUCUACACCGGCUGAGAGAUGCUCUCCAGGGUUUCUGGAGUGCAGCAGGCCUCGUCUGCCUGCAGAUUAAAAUGCUUUAAUGCGGCCAUCGUGAGAUCAAAAAGCAGCACAGACACCUUUAAAAGGCAGCAAAGGGAAGAAAAGCAGCAAAUCAGGAGUUAAAAAGUUGUUUUCGUUGGAAGGGAAAUGGCUGCCGUAGGGAUGGCGCCACCUGGCGCUUUUCCACCGUAACAUCGCUGGUCCGUAGCUUCUGACUUUGGUUGAGGUCGGAGCCCCACUUGGGCGAAAGAUUCCUGGGGUUGGACUAGAUGACCCUCGGGCCCCUUCCAAUUCUACAAUUCUGUGAUGAUUCUUCACAAGCCAGGUGAUGGCGUAUUGUAGCAGUUCUCCAAGGGUGGGGCAGGAGAGCAAGAGGGGCAGGAAGAUUCAAUGACACACACACACACAAAUAUUCAAGUAUUGCCUUCCCCCCCCCCUUGAAUUUUAAAGGUGCGGCUUAUAUUCGGACGUGGCUUAUAUUCGGGCCAAUACAUUAUAUUUAAAAAUUCAGCAUGGCUGUGAGCCAAUUUUUACUCUGGGUGAGGCCCAGAGGGGGGGGAAAGUGAGUUCUGAGCUUGCUUUCCCUCACCUGUCCAGAAGGGGGAGCUGUCAGGCCACGCUCCUUCCUUCUUUCCAGGUGCCAAGCAUCACAAGCGGGGAUUUGGCCACUGCCCAGGUGCCCGCCUCCUUGGAGAGGUGGCAAGACAGGUGCCUGGGUCCUGUUCGCAGGCGGGAGGAGACUCCUUCAAGCAGCUGCUGUCCCUGCCUUCCCGCUCCAGGAGAACCGGGUUCGGCUGCCAUGGCCGUGUGGGUCCUUUUGCUGCUGGUGGUCUCAGAUCAAGUUGUCUCCGUCAGCACACAGACCACUCACAGCUCUUCAGCAGGAAGCCCCCCGGCCUUCUCCAAACACCCAAGGACAGCCAGUUCCAGGGCAGAGGAAAUCACUGCACCCCACAGCGAGACCAGCCCCGCGGCAUCAGGAGGAGCACCCACAGAAGAGACCGCCUCUGCCAACCACACAGCUCACCUGGGCUCCUCGCCUUCUUCCAGGCCCACCCAAAGCACCACCAGGGAGGGCGACAACACAACAACCCCCGCCCCACUCACACCCCCCCAGGCCAGCUCCAGGGAGCCACUGCUCACCAGCCACAACUACACCACAGGGAACGUGGCCCUCGGGCUGCGAAAAGCUUGUUUCCAGGGCAAACAAUGGCAAGCUUCAGAGCCGUGUGUCUCCCCAACAGCUGAAUCUGGCGAGGACGCGCCCAUUUCCCAGAAACCCGGCCUGGUGGCCAUCAUCUGUAUCUUCGUGGUCAUCCUGCUCAUUGGCGCUGUCGUGGUCCUGGUGAAAUGUUACAAGGGGAGGGAGCCGGCCUUCCAGAAGCUGGACGAGGUCCCCAUGGGCAAAGUCACGGAAGGUUCUCCGUUUGCCCAUUUUCCUCCCAAGUAGCCUGGCUCCCCUUCCACCCCACUCCCCCCGAAGGCCUGCCGAAAGAAGGGCCGCAUCCUGCUGUCACUUAGCGUGUGCAAUAAUAAUAUCAAUAAAAGUUUCCAAAUUUG